GUGUUAGUGUGUUAGUGUGUAUUUGUUACAUAAAAGAUUGUGUGUUACCAGUGAAGAGGAGGGUUACGGGUUUUUACUGCCACUUGUAAGGAUGGACACUGCAGAGUUUCGCAAACGAGGGAGGGAAAUGGUGGAUUACAUAGCUGACUACCUGGACAACAUCGAGAAGAGGCAGGUUUACCCCGAUGUUGAACCAGGUUACCUGAGGUCAUUAAUUCCUGAUGAGGCUCCGGACGAGCCAGAGACGUAUGAAGAAUUGGCCAAGGACAUUGAGCGGGUCAUAAUGCCUGGGGUCACUCACUGGAACAGUCCAUACUUCUAUGCCUACUUCCCCGCUGGAAAUUCUUAUCCCUCAUUAUUAGCUGACAUGCUUUCUGGGGCCAUCAGCUGCGUUGGCUUUUCCUGGGCUGCGAGUCCGGCCUGUACAGAGCUAGAGACUUUGAUGAUGGACUGGUUGGGAAAGAUGCUGAAGUUACCUGAGGACUUUCUAGCAGGGACGGGGGGUAAAGGAGGAGGUGUGAUUCAGGGAACUGCUAGUGAAUCGUCUUUGGUAGCUCUACUCGCUGCUCGCUCCAGAAUGGUGAAACAGAUUAAAAAAGAUCAUCCAGACUGGACUGAACUGGAAAUUUUGUCUAAACUGGUAGCCUACGCCUCAGACCAGGCUCAUUCAUCAGUUGAGAAGGCAGGACUGAUAGGAGGGGUGAAUAUGAAACAAGUUCCUUCAGACAGCAAGUUUGCUGUGAGAGGAGAAGCACUGAGAAAAGUAAUAGAGGAGGACAAAGCAGCAGGACUCAUCCCUUUCUUUUAUUGUGCUACUUUAGGAACAACUCCAUCAUGUGCGUUUGACUGCAUCACUGAAAUUGGUCCCAUAUGUAAUGCAGAGGGGAUGUGGAUGCACAUUGAUGCUGCAUAUGCAGGAAGUGCAUUUAUCUGUCCAGAAUUCAGACCUCUGUUGAAUGGCGUUGAGUUUGCAGAUUCCUUCAACUUUAACCCUCAUAAAUGGCUGCUGGUGAACUUUGACUGCUCUGCACUGUGGGUGAAAAAAAGAGCUGACAUCAUUGGGGCAUUUAAGAUGGACCCACUUUAUCUGAAGCAUGAACACCAAGAUUCAGGAUUGGUGACAGAUUAUAGACACUGGCAGAUCCCGCUGGGCCGCAGGUUUCGCUCUCUUAAGAUGUGGUUCGUGUUUCGUUUGUACGGCCUGAGAGGCCUGCAGCAGCACAUUCGCAAGCAAGUUGCGUUGGCGAAGGAGUUUGAGAGUUUAGUGCAAGCAGAUGAACGUUUUGAAAUUUGUGCUGAAGUGGUGCUCGGCUUGGUCUGCUUCAGAAUAAAGGGUUCUAAUGAGCUGAAUGAAACCCUGCUAAAGAAGAUCAAUAGCAGUCGUAAGAUUCACCUGGUACCAUGCCAGUUGGCCGAUCGCUUUGUGCUGCGCAUGGCUGUGUGUGGCCGUAGCACUGAAUCAAAGCACAUUCGUGAGGCUUGGACGCACAUAGUACAGCUGGCAUCUGUGCUGCUACAACAGAACCAUCACUGAGUGCCGGGCACAGUGCUGUACAAACACACAAUACCACACUGUCUUAUACACUUCCUACUGCUGCUCUUCUAAAUGAUCUCUGUAUCUGUACAUCUGUCCACAUACUUCUGGCUAUAUAGUGUAUAAUGUGUAGUACAAUGAUGUAAUAGUCCACUACCAAGAACUUAUAAUACUAACAUUAAAAAACAAAUGCAGAAUUUUACUCAGGAAAAUACAGAAGUUGUAAGUUUAGAAACAUGUUAAUGCUAAGUGUAUUUAAGAUGUUAUUUUAGUUAAACUAAGUUAUAUACUUCUAAUCUACCACUACUUUUAUGCAAAUGUUAAUAUUUCUAACCAUUUUGUCUCAUGUAUGCACUUUUAAAUUGUCCAUAUAAAAAAGCAAACAGCUAAAUGCUAACUAGUUACAAUAGAUCAUUAGGUUUAAUGAUUUGCUAGCUGAAGCUUGGUGUCCACACAGAGCUUUGCAGUCAGGAAACAGUCACAAAUAUCAGUGAUUAAAAGAUGUAUUGUUAGAAAUAAUGACUAAACCUGAUAAGACUGACUUACCAUAAGCUACGAGUUGUUAUAAGCACCAGUCCAUCUCAUUACACAAAUCCAAAUGUGAUCUAGAUCAUUGCAUAGAACAAGCUUGUGUUAGCUUUAAUCACCUUAACACUCUAAAAUAUUUGCAAAGACUUGUUCAGAAAGGUAACAAAAAUGGGUUUUAUAGUUUUUAGUAGUGGACACAUAUUGGUGGCGUUGUUGUUUUGUCUCUUUAUUGUUUUUGUCAGUCUAUGUACAACACUGAUUAUGUGUCUAUUUUUCCAGACUUACAUGUGUGUAUGUUCGUUGUAGAUGAAUAAAUGAUGUUAAAUGGG